AUGGCCCCCCCGCUCAGCGACUCGCUGCGGCGCCUCCGCAACAGAGUCCUCUUGAGUGAGGACGACCGACGACAGCAGGCCAUACACACGGUACCACCGCUCCCACCCUCCCCGGCACCCGCCACGGUCGCCGCGCCGGUCCCCUCUGCGACGUCCCAGAGCGCCCUCUUCGAGCGCCUCCCCGCCGAGAUCCGGCAGCGCAUCCUCAUCGAGGCCUUUGGCGACCAGCUCGUGCAUAUGCACCUGUCUCUGGAGCGGCCGCUGCUUCGCAAAUACCGCAGUCACAGCAAGAGCAGUAACCCUGGACACGCGGGACACCCGGGGCGGUACAAGUUUGACGAAGCGGCGCGGCCGUUUUGGCGCUGGCGCAGCUCGCGCUGCCACGCGCACUGCUUCCACCACCAGAGCUGGAAGUGCAAAGCACCGCAGUGCAGCGAUCAGUUCCUCGACAGGGAAUCCUGCAUAUCUGGCGAGAGUUGCGGCCACCUCGGCGCGCCGGAGACGUGUUUUCUGGGCGCCGCGGGCUGGCUACGGACGUGCCGGCAGGCCUACCGGGAGGGCUACGACGUGCUGCACCGGACCAAUACGGUGCGCUUGUACGGGACAUUCAUGUUUGCGCACUUACCGGAGCUGCUGCCGGGGCUUAGUCUCGAGAGCCUCACUCUAGUGUCGCUGUACUGGGACUUGGGCUGGCUGCGGGCUUACCCGCGGCAUUUGCGGCUCGGCGACCAUCCAGAGGAGUUUAAUUUCGUGGAGGGCUUCGAGAAGCUGAUUCAACGGCUUCCUUCGACGCUGCCCAAUGUCAAGUGCCUGCACCUGUCGCUCCAGGGCGUGUUCGGAGAUGGAGAGCAGUGGCGGGCCUAUGGCUCGCGGUCUGCAGUCGUCUAUCGACAAGUUGAGGCGCUGUUUCGCACAGUGCUGGUACACAUUCUGGAGCUGCCGAAGCUGACUGAUUUUCGACUGGCUCUGCCGAGGAGCAUGUUCAUGCCGUGGCUGCAGGAGGUGUUCGAUAUCACGCUCGAGUUUGAGGAAGCGAUUUGGGCAAAGCUGCCCGCCAAGUGGUUAAAGAGAGACAUUCCCGCAGACUUGAUAAGUAGUAGCAAGAAAAAAGCAGAGGUGGAUACCUUUUGGGUGCUGCUCGGAAUUUCAGACUUACCGCCGCGCACAAUCCGCUGCUUUAGCUAA